UCUCGUGAUGCAUCAUUUUGCCGGCCCAGCCAUUUCAAGUCUCUAAGAGCCGAUGACGCCCCCGCUCCCCAUUCCCCCGCAUCCGAUACCCGAAACGGGACCGAUGAGCGGACCGUGUUGGUUGCCGUGAAUGCCGCCGAUAAUUCGGACGUCAUAACGGGAUAUCCUUUAUUUACAUCAGGACAUCAGACACGAAACAAGUGAUGAGCAACCCAUGGCCAUCUCCUUUCAUCCAUCCAUCCACAACUUUGCAUUGAAUCUGUCAACCUGUCAGCAAUAGGUCAACCGUCAAGAUGAGACUUUCCAACGGCAUCACCAAGGAGGAAACAAAUGGCACACCGGACUAUGCCAAUGAAGCCGUUUUCCGACGAAACACGCUGCCUCCGCGGUCCUACCACAUCCCGGAGACAGCCCUCGCCCUCAACGGCCGCUGGGAUUUCCACUAUGCUCCGACUCCACUAAAGGCUCCGAGCCCGACAUCUUCCCCCGACGAGCAGUGGACGGCCAUCCAAGUCCCCGGCCACUGGCAACUACAGGGCCACGGCAUCCCUCACUACACGAAUGUCCAGUACCCUAUUCCGGUCUGCCCCCCGCAUGUCCCUACCGACAAUCCCACCGGCACCUACCGCCGAACCUUCCACGUGCCCUCCCAUUGGGACGACCACUCGCAACUUCGGCUGCGUUUCGAUGGCGUUGAUAGCGCCUUCCACGUCUGGGUCAAUGGAAUAUUGGCUGGGUAUGCUCAAGGAUCCAGAAAUGCCCACGAAUUUGAUAUUACCGAUUUUGGCGUGACAAAAGACCACCCCAACGAGGUCUGCGUGAGGGUCUAUCAGUGGUCUGAUGGUUCUUACAUCGAGGAUCAGGACCAAUGGUGGCUUUCCGGAAUCUACCGCGACGUGCACUUGAUAUCCAUGCCGUCGGAAACGCGGAUCGAGGACUGGUUUCUUCGUGCUGACCUGGACGCCGAAUACAAGGAUGCAACACUCGAUGCUGCCAUUGACGUCGUAACCUCGAAAGCCGCCAGAAUCGAUGUGACGGUUCGAGAGCUGCCUCGAAACGGAGGCGAUGUGCUUGUCGAGGCACAACACGCUAUCGACAGCAGCGGCAAGAUUCACCUCAGCAUCCCGGUCAAGAACCCGGCCAAGUGGACCGCAGAGACCCCGUAUCUCUACUUAGUCGAGCUAUCCAUCACGACCCCCUCCAACACGCAGACAGUGCGUCAGAACGUGGGAUUCCGCAAGGUGGAGCUGAAGAACGGCCUGAUGUGUGUCAACGGCCAGCCCAUCCAACUUCACGGAGUCAACCGACACGAUCACCACCCCCGAUUCGGCCGCGCUGUCCCCCUAGACUUCAUCCGGAAAGACUUGCUCCUCAUGAAGACGCACAACAUCAACGCCCUCCGGUGCAGUCACUACCCCAGCGACCCGAGGCUGUUUGACAUUGCCGACGAGCUCGGCCUGUGGGUCAUGGACGAGGCAGACCUCGAGUGCCACGGAUUCUACGACGCCGUCGCGCGGCCCCAAAACAUACCCGAGGAGAUGGAUUAUGGAGAGCGCAAGAAGCUCACGUUUCCAAAGGCUGCAAAGUACACCAGCGACAAGAUAUCCUGGCAGCCCGCUUAUGUCGAUCGUAUGGAACAAAUGGUGCAUCGCGACAAGAACCACCCUUCGGUCAUCAUCUGGUCUCUCGGCAACGAGGCCUUCUACGGCCAGAACCACAAGGCCAUGUACGAGUACGCCAAGAAGUUUGACCCCGGACGACUGGUUCACUACGAAGGAGACGCAGAUGCCGAAUCUGCCGACAUGUACUCGUACAUGUAUCCGUCUGUCGACACGCUGAUCAAGCAUGCGAAGACCGAGGGCGUUAAGCCAGACGGGAGCUUCGAUAGAUUCAUUAUAUUAUGCGAAUUUGCCCACGCCAUGGGAAACGGGCCGGGGUGGCUGGAGGAAUACCAGGAGGCCUUCCGCACUCACCCCCGGCUGCAGGGAGGCUUUGUCUGGGAGUGGGCGAACCACGGCCUGUGGAAGGAGGACGCCGACGGUAAGUCGUACUACGCUUACGGUGGCGAUUUUGGGGAUGUGCCAAACGACGGCACCUUCGUGAUGGAUGGCUUACUACACAGCACGCACGAGCCGACCCCUGGUUUGAUCGAGCUCAAGAAGGUCAUCGAACCCGUGAAGGUGGCAAUCGACGGGGAUGAGCUUGUAAUCUCAAACCUCUACCAGUUUGUCGGACUCGAACACCUCGCUGCUACUUACAAACUAGAACAGUUUGCCGACAGCCUCUGGCGCAAUAAUACUGCCGGAAGUCAAGCCGGGCUCGAGCGUGAAGGUCCCCCUCCCAAGCUCAGCACACCGCUUCCAAUCCCAACGGAAACACCAAGCCUGCCUCGGGGCCCAGUCCUCAAAACUACCGACAGCACCAUCACCGUCACCGGCGACACCUUCACCUUCACCUUCGACCAAGCGCUCGGCUACCUCACGCACUGGAGCGCGAACGGCACCACCCUCCUCUCACCAGACCCCACCACCGGCGCCGCCAUCACGCCCUCCUUCUGGCGGCCACCCACAGACAACGACAUGGCCUCCUCGUUUGCCUACUGGCAGCGCUUCGGCGUCGACGCCCUCACCACCCAACUCCGCGGCACAUCCAUCACCCCACCCACCGCCUCCACCCCCACCACCACUAUCACCUUCACCACCUUCCACACCCCGCCCGUCCUCGACUGGGGCCUGCUCGCCACCACCACCUACACCAUCCACCCAACCACAACAACCACCACCACAACCACCACCACCACCACCGGCGGCGCCCUCACCAUAACAAUCCACCUCCAGCCCUCCGGCUCCUACCCGCCCACCCACAUCCCACGCGCCGGCCUCGACCUACGCCUGCCCCCCACCCUAUCCACCGUGCGCUGGCGGGGGCUCGGGCCGGGCGAGUCGUACCCAGACAAGCGUGCGGCGCAGCGCGUCGGGGUGUGGGGGCCGCGCGAGGUGCGCGAGCUACAGGGUGGCGAGUAUGAGGUGCCGCAGGAGGGGGGCAAUCGCAUGGGGACGAGGUGGGCGGCGAGGCAUCCGUGUGAUUUGGUGGAGGAGGAGGCGACGCUGUUGAGGUUGGAUGGGAGGGUUGCGGGGGUGGGCACGGCGGCGUGUGGGCCGGGGGUGAGAGAGGAUUUGUUGGUGCCGGUGGAGGAGAUGGAGUUUGGGUUCCGUUUGGAGGCGGUGGGUGUGUGAGAGAUGGAGGGUUGGCAAUCAUCGGGGAUUAUAGUUGUUGUUGGGCAGCUCAUGGGCUAAAAAAGCCGAACUCCAAGUGCGGAUGCCGGCCAUGGGGUGUCGGGCCAGACUCGGCGAGGGCGUUGCGCUACUAAUAUGACCGGAAAACAACGCUUCAACAGCGGGGAUAAGGUGAAC